GUUGGAUUUGUAGCAAAUCGAGUUAAGUUCGAAUGAUGCGAGUGAUCGGAACGGUUGUAUUGUUUGUCUCAGUAGUUUAGCACGGCUUCUUGUCGUCUUAUUGCGUCCAGCGAGGAUAGCGUGUAGUGUUUGUAACUCUAAUGGGAAUGUCGCGAAAAAGUGCCGCAAUUUGUGUUUUAAUAAAAAUGUAUGAAAUUAUUUAAAUAACGAAUGCAUUGCGAAAAGGUUGAAGCGGAGUGAGCAGGGAGGCUGUGCCUCUUAUAACUUAAUUUAGGGCAGCCAGAAGAAGGGAACAGAACAGCAGUGCUUGCCAGGCAGCAAACGUGUUUGUUGUGUUUUCUGUGUAAAUAAUUAUGAUUCUUUUGGCAUUGCCACUUGUGUAGUGUUGCAUUUGUUGUUAUUUUUUCCUGUUUGUUUGUUUGCGGUACUUGUGUGCGCAUUGUUUUUGUGUUGUCACUGCAUUUACUGACAUUCGCACAAUAUUUCACAGCUGUUUUGCAUUUAAUAAUCAAAAUAUUAAAAAAAGUGAUUUGCAUUUGAAUUUACAAGUGUAGUAAAUAUUAAAAUAUGAAAAGAUUUUGAAAGUAUUGCAAAAAAUUGAGUAAAUGUGGAUUUGUAUUAACAAAAAAACAACAACUAUUGCAAACCAAUCAAGCCCAGCAUUACAGCAUCAAAUCAAUUGAUGCUGCAUAAUCACAAAAGCCAAAUAAGUUAAUAAGAAAAUAAAUAAAUAUGAAAUAAAAACCUUACGAAGUAUAUACGAAUGUGCACGAAAAACGUAAUAGCAAACCGGUUUGCUAACAACAAGAGUACUUAGCAUUAGCAUCAGCAAAGAAAAUAAUAAAUUGUAAAUAAAUAAAAUAAGAAGAAAAUACAUACUAAUACAAACGUAGCAUCCAUCCGAAACAGUGACCAAUUCGCGUUUGAGGAAGUUUAAAGGCAAAAGGCAAACGACAAAAGCCAAAAGGGUAUCCGUAAACUAGUUAAAUUAAGGUACCUACAAGCCGUGUUUUGGCGUACAACCAACUAAAAAAGUGUGUGUGUGCGUGUUGUUGUAUAUAUAUAAACAUUUCUACAUAAAAAAGCAAGCUUAAAGCAGGAAAAAAAUAAGCAUCCGUUGCAUUGCAUACUCGCAGCUCAAACAACUUUGACUUCGAUAAUUCAGUCGUCGUGGCUUACUAGGUGCGCUCUUUUGUUUUAUUGGUGUCUUGUGGUGAUUAUCCCGCUGCCUGCUUUGGUUACACAUUCGACGCAGCGUUAAGAUUUCCGGGUCUUCACUGCGUGUGCCGCGCAUGCAACUCGCGUUCCCCAAUAUUUUACAGUGCGCAUUUGUUAAGAUCAUUUAGCUACAGCUGUGUCUUGUAUCUGCGUCCACUAUUCAUAAACGUUCUCCCGCUGCUGCAACGUAUUUUCUUCCUUCACUUAAUUACGUUUAUACGGUGUAUACGAGUGCGCGUUUCGCGUGUGUUUAGUAACCGGUCAGUUGGAGCCGCAGGGCUAACCAGCCAUAAUAGCAACAACAAUAAGUGGUGUGCUAUAGUUAAGCAUCAAGCAUUCAGCAAAAUAUAGAAUGGCAACAUUUUUAUAUAGAAGGCAGUGACCUCUCGUGCCAGUGGAAGAGAUAAGCGAUAUUUGGAAACGCAUACAUAUCGACAAAUAUAGUUAAAUUUUUGGCUAGUUUCGUCUCUAAGACAACUUUGUAAUAGUUCAUGCACACUUUUUUUCCCAUGCAAUUUUUAUGAAGCAAUGUGAAAUAUAAAUAAAAAAAAUUGACGACACAAAGGAAAUAAACCGUGCAAAAGCGUAUUCCCCACACAGUCGACGAAGUGAGGGGUGAAAUAGCGCCGUUUCGCAAGUUCUCGCGUUUAUGCGCGUCGAAUCGAUUUGAAAAUCGACUGAUUGCUGUACAAGUUAACGAAAUCGCCAACAGGGAAAGCAGACGCCACAGCAUGUCUUCCAGUCUAAUGUCUUGUGUACGGGAGAAUUCCCCACCGUUAGAUAUUGUGGAUGGCGCUAACUGUAGCAGUGCAACGGGUCCAAUGUCGUUACCCGAUUGUCAUAUGUCUACAAUGUCAACAGCUAAACAACAACAACUCACAUCCACACCACUAUCAACGCCAAAUAUCAAUGAGAGCAGUAGCAGCGGUGGCGGCGGUGCUGGUGGAGGAGGUGAUGGAACAACACAAAAUACUGAACCGAAACGUCGCCGCUUCCAUCCGCUGCGCAAUCUCCGCCGCAUAUUUCGUCGUCGCACGAUCACCAACGUACCCGAUACACCGUCGAGUGUCAGCACGACUAACACAUUGCCACCGCCCACCAGCAGCACCAGUGAAAAGAAUCUGCGCAGCGCCACACUCUCCUCCAUAUCGUCUGCGGUGUCGGCCUCAUCGCCCUCAUCACCGUUAACGCACCAACAACUGCAGGACGCCUACUCAUCACAAUCGUUGCCCAAAUCGAAAUCAUAUUCGAUCACUGCUGGCGGCGGUAACAAGGCCACACAGCAUAGAGAUGCCUUAUUGGCAGCGGUCUUAGGUGGCAGCAAACAACAUAAGCAACAACAGCAUAGUAAACAGCAGUUACAACAACAAUUAGAAGAAGUAACGAGCCCAGGUGACGACAUGUACACCACACAUACAACAACAUCGUCGAUGUACCAUCAUCACCACCACCAGCAGCAUCAACAGGUGGGCAGCAGCGGCGGUGUGCUCUUCCAGCCGCCACACUCCGUGCGGCAAUCACUGGGCGUGGCUGUGCUGCCGAGCGCCAUUAAUCGCAGCUUCUACGCGGAACGCCAGAAGUUGCGCAGCAUCGGCGAUUCAUCGCAGGAGCUGGACAGCAGCGGCAAUGAUAGCGGCAGCGCCAACAACACGGCGAACGACAGCGCGAAUGGCGGGCGUACAAACGGUUGUGCGAGCAGUGAGAUGUCGGACAGUCAGCGUAGCCUCAGCGAGGGACGCUUGGUGGACAGCGACUAUAGUCACGAUCCACUCUCUCAAUCACAUGACAGCGUAUUUUCCGAGUCAGCAUCAGCGAGUCUGUUCUCCAACAGAGAUUAUCAGGCUGAGCUCUCCGAUGUGCUGCGCAAACGCAAUCGCCAUCGUCAGGAUGCUUCCGAAGAGGAUCUGGGACUGCCACGCAGUCCAGCUUCACCACAACGGCGCGUUGAACGCACCACACAACGCACGCACCAUGCCAGCAGCAAGCACACAACAACUACAGUUACAUCUUCCAGCGCCACCACGGGCGGCAAUCACAGUGAAGUGUCCUCGUUGAGUUUGCUGAGCAUGAAUAGCGGUGAUGGCGAUGAGCUCUUCACCGCUUCCACCGCAAAUAAUUCUACAAUUAGCACCAAAGAAUAUGUGCAGGAACGUUCGAUGACCGCCACAUCGUCCACGUUGAGUGGACGCAGCGUGACACGUUCUUCGACGGUGUCAACCACUUCGGUGUCUUCGGAGAUUUAUCGUCACUCGUCGAGCGGCAGUUUGGCAAGCGAUACGACUCGAGAUGAACCGGAUUUGUUGGGUGCAAAGUGUCAAAGGCUCUCACAUUCGGCUGCCAAGCAUAAAAUGGCUUUGCGUCCGGCUAAGAAGAAGGGACCGAGUCGUCUGCAUCGACGUACGCUGGAGACCUCAAUACCAGAAGCCAAUGAGGAUACACUGAGAUUGGCUAACAAUCCACUACUGGACAUAAAGGAACACGACAUCAAAGCCAAAACACGCUCUCUACCGCCCAGCGUAAAUACAAAAGUAUUAGAACAACAUGCUGUAGAGUCGAAAAAGGUGGCAUCACCUUCGAAAUCGAAAACGAAAUCUUCAAAUACCAGCAAUGAGCAAAUGCUAAACGUGAAACGCACGAAAAUCGAAAAACAUGAGAAAACUACCGAAAGUGGCAAACACACCACGAACACAACAACAGUCACCACCUCUAGCAGCAGCAGCAGCAGUGGAUCCAUUUCGGCUGCCACCAAUCUAUUUGGUUUACGCACGUUGACAGCCAAAGCUACAGCGCUCUUCGAGCCACCACAAGAAUCGUCUACCGAUCCCACACCCAGUGAGCAGGAGUUGAAGAGAGAAAAAGAACGCGAGAAGCUCAAAGAAAAGGAAAAAGAGAAGUUGAAGGAGAAGGAGAGAGAGAAGGAUGCUGCAAGUUCACAAAUGGAGAACGCAGAUAGUGGCUUCCUGCGACGACUCAUCCAACGCAAUUCGAAGCGUUCGGCUACGCGCAGUAAUAACACUAACAGUAACAAUAGUAACACUAACAACAGCAACAACAGUAACGCUAACAACAGUAAUCCCAACAACAACAGCAACACUAAGAAUUGCGCGCCGGCGGCCGUGGAAAAAUUGGAUGUGAACCCAAGCGAAACGGAUGCUAAAUCCAAAGUGCAAGUCUCCACCUCAUGCUUAGACGUGAAGGCGACACCCGAGCCCAGCUUGACUAAAUUGGAUAAAUCGCGUAGCGCUUUGAGUUACGAACAAAAUAUCGAAGAGACACGUAAGGAUAUUAAACGUGAAAUUAUGUCUGUCGGCAGCACCGGCUUGAAUGCCAUGCUCAACACACAUAAUUUGACAGUAUACAACAACAGCGGCAGCAGCGUAAAGGAAGCCACUCCAGCGAGCUCGCCACAAAAACCGAAAUCGGGCGCGGCAUCACGUCAACGCUAUCUACCGCAAGACAUCGGUUCGCUGGAACGCAAGUUGACCACGGCAACCAACACAACGGCACAUGACUCGCAUGCCAGCAGUACAAGCAGCAUACUCUCCAAGUGCUCACAGCAAGAGAUAUUCCAAUCCACAUCGAUUAUACGCGAAAUUACCGCCUCGCAGGCGUCCAGCGUGAAUUCUUUGAGUAGUGUGAGUAAAUUGUCGGAGCAUCACUACGAGAAGAAACCGAAAAUAGUGGGACUUAGCGCUUUUCAGCAGAAAAUCUCACGUUCCAACGAUUCGGUGGUGCGCUACGGUAGUAACGCACAAUCGACCAACUCUUUGGACGCCGCCGAUGAGACGCACGUCUUCAGCAGCAGCCAAGAGCAGAAGCAACGCAAAGUUGUCGAAAAAUCGCGCAGUUUUCGUACAUACCAAGAGGAGGCGUAUGCCACGCCCACUGCGGUACACAACAACAUGCCCAGUCUGCCCGAUUUGACGUUGAAUUUGCGCGUGCCCUACAAUGACUACACACCUGUUGUAAAGGAUAAUGCCGAUGUGAGUGUGGAGACGCAGGAAGAAAAGGUGACACGCGUUAACACAACACGCAGCGAGUCUAACGGCAAUCUGCAUGCCACAAGCAGCAAUUAUAAUUUCAUCAAAAAUAUUUCGGUGAAGAGUUCACCAACUAAAACGAACGCGAUCACGCCAAACACAGACGAAUCGAAUAACAACGGUGAAUUGCUUGUGAAAUCACCAUUCAUCAAUGUAUUGCGCAAACCGACAAGCACCACCAGUUUGGAGGAGAAACCCGUUGUGGUCACUGUGAGCGCCGCCAAUAGCAACCGCAAAUCUGUUGAGCAGAUUAAUGCGUUGCCCAAAGCAUCGCCCAUCUCGCUGAUCACUGUGGUGCCGCCAACCGCUGCGGAAGUUCUGAAGGCCGAGCAGCCGCUGCGUCCGAAAGUCUUGCAUUUGCGGGAUUCGAAUGCGAGCAUUGAUACAUCCACUUCCACGGACGAACUGAAGCUUACACCCACCACAGCUGCGGUGCCAUUGCGCGAGAAGUCGAAGCUGAAGUCGAAUGUGGCGGUGGCCAAUGUACGCAAUUCUAUGGAUAUUUUAGCAGCAAAUGCCAAAGAUGUUGAGCGCAAGUCGGCGCCGGCACCGGUGGUGCAGGCGCAGGCGUCCAAGCAAGCGCAAUGCGUUAAGACUACGCGCCGCAGCACCAGCUUAUUGGACAGUCCGCCAGCGCAGAGCCAAAAUGGUAGUGAGGAACGCGGCGGCGCGGUGAAGUUACAUGACUCCACAAGCGGCAGCAGCACACCGAAUGACGAUGGCGUGCCGGAGUUCAUGCGCAUACAGUUAAACCGCGUGGAUCCCGCGCGCAUUGCGAAGAGCGCAAAUGUGGUGCUGGCCAAGAAUGUGCGUGAAGUGCAAGCGCCAACGCAACAACAACAACAAACACAAGCACAGCAAGUGCACCAAGAAAAGCAACAGCAACAACAACAAGUGACCAAAGAGGCUAACAACGAGCGCAACACCAAUUUGGAGGAUCUCAGCUUGCGCCGUUUGAGUAACGAGAGUGUCGAAAUUGUCGAGAAGGCGUCACCCACAGAAGCCGACAAGCAGAAACCCAUAUUCGAUAUGAGUCCAACUAGCAACAAUAACAACAAUAAAUCGCCCACAAAAAUACAUGUGCUUGUAAGCGCGUUGCCACCUAGAAGUCCCAUAAAGAAACAACAAUCGAUUGUAACACUCUCGCCAACAACGCCAACAACACCGCCAAUUGAGGCGGAUGAGAGUGCUUUGCUGCGCAUGAAAUCGCCAGAUGCGCCCGCCGACGCGGCGGCAACGUUGAGCAGCAAAAAAUUAUCGCUGCAAGAACGUAAGCGCCUCUUCAUGAGCGAGGAGAAAUUGAAGACCGACAAGCGCAUUGAAGAGUUGCGCAAUGAGCGCAAGAAAUCAAUCACCGAGGAGGUCUAUCGCAAAUCGUUCGCCAAGUCGGAGGAGAAAUUGGAGACGAGCGAGAAGGCGGCGUGUGGCGAAAGUGUGGUCAUGAUGCGCAAGAAAUCUUUCUGCGCCACCACGCAAGCGUGUGCGUCCACCAAUGGCAAUCGCGAUGAUGCGACGCCCGAGUUGAUGAAGGUAUUCGCGCGGCGCUCAUUGAAAAUUAAGGAUGAGGACAUCAAUGCGCUGGCUGACAAAAUACACAUUAGCAAUGGUGGCGGUAGUGGCAGCGGCAACAGUGCGAAGAAAUUCGCUGCGACGCAGCAGAAUGUCGACAGCGACAAGGAGAAUCAGUCAGCGAGCGAGGAGAAACUCGAUAAGUUGCCGAAAUUGGAGUCGUCACUGGAGUUGCAGUCGCACGUGGGCGGCAAAUUGUCGAAUGGUGUGAAUAAUCGCAAUUCGUUGGCGGAUUUCCGCACGAAGAGUGCCGUUGGCGGCGCGUCGCCUGCGAAUGGUUUAAGUUUGAAUAAUAACAACAAUAACAACAAUCACACUGCCGCAAAUAACAGUACCACCGGCGUUGUCAACAAUACCACCGCCAACAACAGCAACAACGGCAUCAGCAGCGACGCCAAUAAACGCAGCUUCUUGCCGCCCAUCAAAGUCGCCGGUUUCCGCGCCAUACCCAUCGAGCGCAAUAAUAGCGUUAGUAAAAUCUAUCCAACCACAGCGUGUGAAACACUAAACAACAACAAUAAUAAUAACAAUAGCAACAGCAACAACUUGAAUAAUAACAAUCACAAUCAUCUGCAACAGCAAAAUGGCAAAACGCACGAGCGUCAAUCUUUGAAUAUUAAAGCACUUGAGUGCAACAGCAGCGGCAGUAGCAGCAGCAUGAAUAGCUCGUCAAGCAGCAACACCAGCGCGCUUACCAAGACAAUCGAACGCUCGGCAACGGUUAGCGAAUUUAAGGGUAUACAUCAGCGGCGCGCCGAAUGGGAGCAACGCGCCAAGGAGGCGCUCAAGUAAGCCCCGUCUAAAAGAGUGAGGGGAGUGAAAGGGGGUGCAAAAAACAGGAUAUGGAAAUGCAGGCGCCGCAAUUGAAGGGUCACAUGAAAGCGCCUAACCAAAUUUAAUAUGUACGCUUUCGGCUGUACAUGUCAACAAUUUGUUUACAGCGGCUUGGCACAUGCGCAUGCUUUUCGAACAUGUUUGCAUUUUCGUCAGCGUUUAAGAACGUAACUAAGUUUUAAUGCAACUUUUUUCUUUUUCAUACAAAAUUAUGCCGUAAAGUUGUAAAUGUUACUAACAAAAGAAAAAUCUAAUAUAAGCAACCAAAAAAUUACUAAAAUGCUAAGAGAUAUGUAUGAAAUUUUCUAAGUGGUGGUCAUUGGUGUGUUGGCUUGUGAACAAAAGUGGUGAAAAAGGUGAGAAAGGUGAAAUUAGGCAGGUUACUCAUGCAAGUAUAUAAAUAUGAAUGGCUUGCAAUGAAGAUUGACGAAAAAUUAUUAAAAUAGGCAACAGUUAUUGAGCGCACUCUAAAAUGUGUGAGCGUGUAGAGUACAUUGUGUGUUAAAACAUACGAGAAUAGAGCUGAGCAGGCAGUGAGUAUUAGAGAUAGCGAAAUCAUUGCAGGAUAUUGGAAAUAUAUGAAUGAAAUUAACAAAUAAUUAAUUAUUAGUUGAACUUCCAUAACUCAAAGUUCAAUAACUCGAAGUUCUUCUUGAAUUGAACACUUGAAUUGGCAAUAGAAGUCAAUUUUCCUACACAUUAUCUUCCGUAACUCGGAAGUCUCUCUAAAUCGAAAGUUUUUGUGUGGAUUAUGAGGAUUCGAGUUAGAGAAGUUCAACUGUAUUUUGAAAUUUUAAUUUUUAAUUUUAAAUUUAAUUUUUUAAUUUAAUUUAAAAAUAUUUAUUUUGAAAUUCUAAAUUUUUAGAUCAACAUUUUUUUCUCGAAAUUUUGUUAUUCAAAUUUGUUUAUCGUGACUACAAAUUUGUGUCAUUUUGAAAGUGUGUUGAAAAGUUUUGAAAAAUUAUAAUAAAAUAUUGGUAAUUAUAUUUUUUUAUGGUUAAUUAUUUAUGGUAAAUUAUUUUAUUAUUUGUUUCUUUUAGUAACUUUACUUUUGGUAAUAUUUUUUUUAUUUUAAUUUUAUUUUGCAAUUAUUUAAUUUAAUUUAUUUAUUUUUUAAAUUAUAUAUUUUUAAAUCUAUUUAAUUAAUUUAUUUUAAAAUAAUAUUUUUUUAAAUUAAUCUUUUUUUGUAUUAUUUUAAAUAUUGGAAAAAAUGUAUCCUCACUCCGUACUAAAAAUGUUGACCAAAUAAAAAUAAUUUUUAGACAAAUAAGACAUUUUAAAGUAAAUAUAAAUUUCAAAAAAAAAAAAUGUGGAUCUAAAAAUCAAAAACAAAUUAUAUGAAUCAAAAUUUCAAUAUUGUAUGUGACUUGGAAAAAAAAAUUUAAAUUAGAUAAAAAAAUGUUUUUUUAACCCUAAAAUUUUAAAUAUUUUUACUUCAUUUAAUUAUUUUUUUUAUUUUAAAUUAUUUUUGACAUUUCGAUAAAAAAAGUAAUAUUUUUGUAAAUUUUUCCAAACUACCUUACAGCACAUUAUUCUCAGCAUGAUUUCGUUAUCUCUAUCAAACCCCACUAAAUGCAGCUCAGAAUCGGUUUUACUCCAAGCUAUACACAAAUAUACAUACUUAUAUGUAGCUAUAGAGUCAAUGAAUGUGUUAGUAGCAAUCGAAGUGCUUUUCUAGAAGCUUUAGCAAUGAAUGUUAGCUUGUGUAGGUAAAAUAGAUUAAAUGUGACAGCAGAUCGAAAACAACACUUAUAUUUUUUGUUGGGAUAAUACUAAAAAUAAAUUUUCAAAUAUUCUAAUUUUUUAUUGUAAAAAAUAAACUAAAUUGCACAUUUUAAAAAGUUAAUAGUUGUUGCUUUUCGAUAUAAUUUUUCAACAAUUAAUAAGCUGAAUGAAAAUUUUCGAACUUUUUAAAUUAAAAAAUUUUUAAUUUUUAAAAUAAAAGUUUUGAAUUUUAAUUUUUAAUUUUAAAAAUUUUGAAUUUUAAUUUUUAAUUUGAAUUUUUUUAAUUAAUUUUAAAAAUGUUUAAUUUAAAUUUUUAAAUUAAAAAUUUUAUACAGUAAUUUUUAGAUUUUUUUUAAUUUAAGUAAUUUUUGAAAUCUAAGAUUUUUUGUAACGCUCUGUAUUUUUUGAAUACGAAAAAAAUUAAACACUUCGAAAUAUCUCGCACUAUUAUUGUUGCCACCUUUUUGACUUAUUUUGUAAAAUUUUAGGACAGAACAUAGAAUUAUAUACUAAUAAUAUUAAUGUAAUCCUGAUUAUUAUAUUUUAACGUUUUAAAACCUAAAUUUUAAUUCUUAAAAAACCUUAAAAAAAACAAAAAUUAUAUUUAUAAAAUAAUUACUAGCAAGCGAAAAUAAUCAACUUUUGUUCACACCCUAAUUUCUCCAGCAUUUUAGUAUAGAUAAUUUAUGCUUAAUUAAACCCAUGACUCGCUGCUCUCUUAUAUAUAUUUUUUACAAAAUAUUUUAAUCGCUCUCUUUUCUUUUAGUAGACUUUCUUGCGUUGAGGUUUUUAUGCUAAAUAAUUUUUAAAUUAAAUUUUUUUAUUUUAAUUUUUUUUUUUUUAAUUUUGUAUUAUAAAUAUAAGUUUAAUGCUCUUUAGUGUGUUUUGGUAAUUGUUAAAAAUAUUUUUGUUUAUAAUUUAAUUUUUUUUAUAAAAAACAUUUUUUUUUAAAUAUUUUUUUAUAAAAACAAAAUUAAUUAACUAAAAAAAUAUUAAUUUUCUAAAAUCAAAUACUAUAUAUAAUAAAAAAAAAAUAAAUUGUAUAUUAAAAUUAUUUGUAAUGCACUCCUUCAAACAAAAAAAAACUAAAAAAAAAAACAUAGACGAAGUAGAAGUUGAGCGCAUUUGUUGUAAUUGAUUUAAGCAUUGAUAUUCGAAAAUUAGAAUUUUGCAAAAAUUACAAAAUUGCAUGACUGUGAGUAAUUAAGCAUGUGGAUUGAUAUUUAACUAAGCCUAAUUUUUACAUAAAUACUACACAUACACAUACAUACAUACAUACAUUUAUACUUAUAAAGAAAAACAAAACUAUUGUAUAACACUAUCAAAGCACUUUGUUGCAAUUAUUAUUUAACUAAAAAUAAAAAAAAAAAAUAAAAUUUAUAUAAACACAUACAUACAUACACAUAACUGCAACUAUAUGCAACAAAAACUAAACUAAAAAAAAAAAAAAAAAAUAAAAACAAAAACAACUGAAUGUAUUGAAAACACUAACAAUUGAUCGCUAAUUUUAAGUGAAUUGAAUUUAAACGCAAAA